AUGGCUCAAGAAAAAAUUUUCAAGAAAUGCUCUAAAUUUUCGCUUAUAGUAACAAUAAUAGCAUUGUUACUUUUAUUCACGACACCAAAAGGCUCAUUAGCGGACUUAACCCUGAAAAAUAUUAUAAUCUAUGACCCAGUGAGAACCGACAAACAACUAAACAUCACGUAUUUUGUAUAUAAUGACCUCGCAGGACAAUUCACCAUACAGAAUCUUGCAAUAACAUUAGUACCGCUGAAAGCAUCAUUUUCGAGUAAUAUAUCAGUAAAUCCACAGGCCUCGCUACUCGGCCCAAAUCGUGAAAAUGCUACUCAGACAGAAAUUUUUAACCUGACAAAAGAAAUUUAUGAUGGUACAUGGUCUUUGAUGUUUACCGAAAAGUAUUCGAUCACAAGUAGUGGUCAGACAAGCAUAGAAUCGCAGGGUAUGAAUAUCACUUUUCCACCUUACCCAACUUCGACAACUUCGUACCCUGGGAACGGACCGAUUACUUAUAUUUCGACGAUAUCUUCGGCAUCAUAUCAAACAAUUACAACUACAAAUGCAGCCGGACAAACAUAUUUGAUUACGGGUUAUGUGCCGCCCAUAAUUCAGACGGUUAUUGUCACACCAAAUCCUACCGUCAAAGCAACUUAUAUUUAUUCUUCAAGUGCACAGCCAACGCCCUCGCCGACAGGAACCGAACCAAUUACUUAUAUUUCGACGAUAUCUCCGGCAUCAUCUAAGAUACUGACUACUACAAACGCAGCUGGAGAAACUUAUUUGAUUACAAGUUCUGUGCCGCCCAUAAUCCAAACGGUUAUUGUUACACCAAUACCUACCAGUAAAUCAACUUAUAAUCCGUCUUCAAGUGCAAAAACGCGUUUGAUGAUGAGUAAUAAUGAAUAUGAGUGGUGGUCAAACAAGAUUUAUUUGAUGGGUAUUCACUUUUUUAAUUACCAGCUAUUUUCUAUGAUUUGA